AUGCAGCUCUCUACUACUCUCGGUGCCUAUUUUGUGGCUGUUGCCUCGGCCACACUUCCGCCUAUCAAUCUGGGUUACUUCGAUUACCCUCACGGCAAUCAGUUCGUCGCCUGGACUCCCUUCACCCCAACCACCACCCAAGACCUCACCGAAGUUGUUGAUACGCUCGGUGCCGUCAAUGGCACAGCUACAUGGACCGCGGUUCGGACGGUCAACACUUACGUCACCGAUCCUAUCUGCCGCAACCCCUUCAACAUUACCGACGAUGCGACCAAUUCUACCUACCUCAAUCUUGAGUUGGCGUGCGUCGAUGACAACAUUCCAAUUUGGGCCCAGCCUGAGGUCACCGCUGUGGUCGACAGAACUACCAACAAGGCGAUCGAGACUUGCGUUCCUGUCACCAAAGAUGGCGGCGAAUGGUUUGCUCAGAGCACGAACCUAAUUGGCUCGUCUCUGGUAUAUGCAUAUGCCUGCUCUGAGCCCAAUGCCGCUGCAUAA